GCUUUCUAGGAAUACAUAACUUCAACAUGCAUGGAACCAUGGCCUCGCUCAAAGUUCACCACCAUCCAAACAUUGAUUAUGGUGGUGCUCUCAAUGUUAGUGCCACUCUUCUCCAAUCUUUGUUUCCCUGUUUUUAACAUGGCAACGGCCUCAAAGAUUGAAUCCGAAGGGAGAGCUCUUCUUCAAUGGAAGGCAGCCCUUAAAACACAAGAGCUCCUUAACACCUGGACAUCAAAAAUCAGUCCAUGCAACUGGACUGGAAUCACUUGCAGAUAUGAUGGCCAUCUUAUGCCAACCAUCACCAGACUCCAACUACAACAGUUGGGACUAGAAGGGAAGCUGGAGACUCUCAACUUCUCAGCUCUGCCAUCACUCAGAGUGCUCGACCUCAGUGACAACCAUAUACAUGGAUCCAUCCCUGCAGCCAUUUCAGCUUUGUCCAAGCUCACCAUCCUUGAUCUCGGUAACAACAGUCUCACAGGCAUCAUUCCAUUACAGCUCGGCAAUUUGACAAGGCUCAUGACCUUGCAGCUCUUGUAUAAUCAGAUAAGUGGCUCCAUACCUCUUUCUUUUGGAAAGCUUCUGAACCUGCAAUUAAUAGACAUCGGUGCAAAUUUCUUAGUUGGUUCCAUCCCUCUAGAGUUAGGAAACUUGACCAAACUCAAUUAUUUGUCCUUAGGGAUAAAUAAGCUCACAGGCUCCAUCCCUCAUGAGAUUGGAUAUAUGGUGAGUCUCAAGACACUUUAUCUCGCUAAAAACAAUUUAACUGGUUCCAUUCCUCCAGGCAUAGGAAAUCUAACUGAACUCAACCUAUUAGGCCUUGAUGGGAACCAAUUAUAUGGAUCCAUACCAUACCCUAUAGGAAAUCUGAUCAAACUCAAAGGCUUUUACCUCUUUAACAAUAACAUAAUUGGUCCCAUCCCACAUAGUAUUGGAAAUAUGACAAAGCUUGAAAAUUUUUACUUAGGUACAAAUAACAUAAAUGACUCCCUUCCCAAUGAAAUUGGGAAUCUAGUGAACUUGGGAACUUUUGAUGUAUCUCAAAACCAAAUAAUUGAUUCCAUCCUGCAUAGCAUUGGAAAUCUAACAAAGCUUGAUUAUUGUUACCUCUAUAGUAAUAACAUAAAUGGCUUCAUUCCUAGUGAGAUUGGGAAUCUAAUGAACUUGAAAGUUUUUCAAAUAUCUAACAACCAAAUAAUUGGUCCCAUCCCACAUAGCAUUGGAAACCUGACCAAACUUGAAAAUUUUGACCUAUCUAGCAAUAAAAUAAUUGGCACCAUUCCUCCAUCUCUUGGAAAUUUGAAAGGUCUUACUGAAUUAAAAUUAUUUAACAAUCAUCUCUUUGGUAAAGUGCCCAAUGAAUUUGAGAACCUUACAAACUUAAUUAUUCUUGAGCUAGCAAACAAUAACCUUUCUGGUAAUCUACCAUUAGAUUUGGCUAAAGGAGGUUUGCUUCAGCAUCUUGCUUUAGUCAAUAAUAAUUUCCAAGGUCCCAUUCCGACCAGUUUGAAAAAUUCAACAAACUUAUUCAGGGUACGGCUUGAAGAAAACCAAUUCACUGGAGAUGUCUCUCAAAGCUUUGGUGUUCAUCCAUAUUUGGAUUAUAUUGAUCUAAGCUUUAACAGAUUGUCUGGUACUUUAUCACCAUCUUGGGGAGCAUGCCUUAACUUGACAAGCCUUAGAAUCGCGGGAAACAGAAUCAGCGGAUUAAUACCCUUGGAAAUCGGUCAAUUGCUAAAGCUACGACGAUUUGAUAUCUCUUCCAACAAUCUAGAGGGAAAGAUCCCAAGAGAGUUUGGUAAAUUAUCUAAUAUAUUUUACCUAAACAUGAGCAACAAUCAUCUCACUGGAGCCAUACCAUCAGAACUUGGGGAUCUAUCUUCAUUAGAAGCUCUAGAUUUGUCAAGCAGCAAUUUGAGUGGAGAAAUACCAAUAUGGUUGGAGAACUGCAGUAAAUUGCACUCACUCAAAUUGAGCAGUAAUAAACUAAGUGGUGUGAUUCCUUUUCAACUUGGUAACUUGAAUUUACAUGAAGUACUAGACUUGAGUAAUAAUUUUUUCACAGGAGAAAUACCACCACAACUUAGCAAUUUAAUCAUGUUGCAAGAGUUGAAUUUAUCACAUAACGAGUUGGUUGGUCGCAUUCCAUCUUCUUUUCAAUUAAUGAUAGGCUUAACAUCAUUGGAUUUAUCUUAUAAUUCCCUGGAAGGUCCUGUUCCAGAGACCCAUUUCUUUCGAGCAGCUCCCCUCAAGUGGUUUAUCCACAAUAAGGGCUUAUGUGGUCAAGUGCAUGGUUUACCUCCAUGUCAUCAAUCGCAGUUAGUAAGCAGAGGUGAUAUAGAAAAACAUCACAAAAUCAUUAUUUUGAUUGUUCUUUUGACAUUUGGUAUCUUAUUUUUGAUAAUUGGGGUAUCCGUAUUACUUUUCUAUAAGAGAAAGAAGUCCAUUACAAAUGACACAAGGGAAGAAUUUGAUAAACAUUUCUUCUCCAUUUGGGGAGUCAAUCACGGCAAGAAAGCAUACAAAGAGAUUAUUAGAGUGACAGAAAAUUUUGAUGAGAAGUAUCAAAUAGGUACUGGAUCUUGUAGCAUUGUCUAUAAAGCAACAAUAUCAUCAGGAGUGACACUUUCUAUCAAGAAAAUUCAAAAAGAUGAAGAAGCCCAAGUGAAUGAACAAGCUUUUCAAAAUGAAAUACAAGCAUUAACUGAAGUUCGGCAUCGAAAUAUUGUGAGGUUUUAUGGUUUUUGUUCUACUGAUAAAUUCAGCUUUCUUGCAUAUGAAUAUAUGGAGAGAGGAUGUCUGGGUGCCACUCUAAGAUCUGAGCAAGAAGCAAUGAAGUUGGAUUGGAUCAAAAGAACUGGUAUUGUCCAAGACAUUGCUCAAGCUUUAUCUUACUUGCAUCAUGAUUGUAAUCCACCUAUCGUUCAUCGAGACAUAACGAGCAACAAUAUUCUUUUGGAUGAAGAGUACAAGGCUUGUGUUGCAGACUUUGGUAUUUCUCGACUGUUAAAACCUAAUUCAUCACAUUGGAGUUUGCUUGCGGGCACAUACGGAUACAUCGCACCAGAGCUUGCCUAUGCCAUGAGAGUGACUGAAAAAUGUGAUGUAUAUAGUUUCGGAAUUGUAGCACUUGAAGUGAUAUGUGGAACGCAUCCUGGGGAUCUCCUAAGCAACUUAUCAUUGAGUAUGCUGGUGAAAGAUAUCCUUGAUCCACGUCUUCCCCUUCCCCUUCAUAUAGCUGAUCAAGUGACCAUGAAUCAAGUGCUUUUUGUGAUUUUAAUAGCAAUGCAUUGCAUCAACACUGAUCCACAGGCUCGCCCUACAAUGCGACAAGUAUCUGAAAGAUUGUUUUCUCCGAAGUCUUGGCCAACAUUUGACAUCUUCUCUUUUCAAGUACUUACCCUUCAUCACCUCAUAAACAUUGUGCAAACACAUAUUGAUGAUCAAGUGCUUGAAUAAUGAGAACUAAGGCAUCUCUGGCCGUUCAAAACACAUCGGACGGUUGAGGCCUCUCCCGCUCAUUUCAAAACUCAGCCCCAAAUUCAUGGAGGGAAGGGAGAGAGCGAGAGGCCGUCUUCGAUGCUUGUGAUCUCAACCCGCAGCGCUUCAUCAACGAGGUCCUCAACGCCGCCGACGAUCUCCUCGAUGGCGCCUCCCAGUCCUAACCCUCAAGCAGGCUUCAAUCAUCACGGGAUGUGGGGAGAAGCAAUCUGAUGAGCUUGCCAAGCAAGACUUGUUUGUCGAGAACUUAAUCACUUGAAGGAGGAUAUGACGCAGAACUUGAUUCUCACUUGAACUCAUUGAGAGAGAAGCUUGUUGCAGUAAUUUGCUCAUGUUUCCUUGGUUUCCUUCAACUCUGCUUCUCUAGAGACAAUUGCAAAUUUUCUAGGUUGGGAAAGAAUGUUCAGCACUUCACAGAGAGAUCCAAGUUCUGAAAAAGCAGGCUUGCCUUAACAACAGUUAUGAUGCAUCCCUUGCUGAGAUGAUAUUCCUGUAUGAGCAGAACUUGAUGCAUAAGAUGUUUCAAGCUUUUCAGAGGUAAAGAAGGUGGCAUCAGUACUGAAACAAAAGCUGAGACCAUUCAGAUCAAAAGAGCAAAAUAGAUGGAUCCUCUGAUAGCUG